AUGGCUAACAAUCCUCCCUCCAGGCCCCCCCAACUUCUCGAUCAUUACAUCGGAAUUGAUGUGGGCACUGGCUCCGCCAGAGCUUGCAUCAUUGAUGAGACCGGCGAUAUCAAGGCCCUGGCCACCGAGCCCAUCAAGCUCUGGCAGCCAGAGACCGGAUUCUACGAACAAUCGACCACAGACAUCUGGGCAUGCAUUUGCCUCUGCGUCAAGCAGGUCCUCAUCGACUCCUCGGUUGACCCUGCUAAGAUCAAGGGAAUCGGCUUCGAUGCUACCUGCUCCCUCGCCGUCUUCAGAGACGACACCGAUGUUCCUGUCCCUGUCACAGGCCCCGACUUCGAUAACGCCGAUGGCAAUGACCGCAACGUCAUCCUUUGGCUGGACCACCGUCCCGUCGAGGAGACGGAGAAGAUCAACGCCACUGGCCACAACCUGCUCAAGUACGUCGGCGGCACCAUGAGCAUCGAGAUGGAGAUACCCAAGGUGCUCUGGCUCAAGAACCACAUGCCCAAGGAGCUCUUCGACCGCUGCAAGUUCUACGACCUCGCGGAUGCCCUCACGCAUAUGGCCACCGGCAACGAGACGCGGAGCUUCUGCAGCACCGUUUGCAAGCAGGGCUACGUCCCUGUUGGUGUCGACGGCAGCGUCAAGGGUUGGCAGGAGGAUUUCCUUACAACAAUCGGUCUGGAAGACCUUUGCAACGAUAACUUCAAGCGCAUGGGCGGCGUCAACGGGGUGAACGGAAAGUACCAGAGUGCCGGCGAGCUCGUCGGAACUCUCAGCAAGAAGGCCGCCCGGGAGCUGGGACUUCCCGAGGGCAUCGCCCCCAAGGUCGAGCUCCCUCCUGAUCAUCUCGAUGAGGAGGCGCCCAAGAACGACCUGUCCCAGGCUUUCCAUAGGUUGGCGGCGGUUGCCGGAACAUCCACGUGCCACUUGGCCAUGUCCCGAGAAGCUGUGUUCGUGCCCGGCGUUUGGGGUCCUUACCGCGAUGUGCUUCUGCCCGAGUUCUGGAUGGCUGAAGGUGGUCAGUCCGCCACCGGCGAGCUCCUCCGUCACAUUCUCGAUAUCCAUCCCGCAUACGUCGAGACCCAGGCGCUUGCCACGGCCGAGUCGAAGAACAUUUACGACUUCCUGAACGCUCAUCUGGAGUACAUGCGAGAGAAGGCGAACGCUCCUUCCAUCUCCUACUUGGGCCGCCACUUCUUCUUCUAUGGCGACCUCUGGGGCAACCGAUCACCCGUUGCCGACCCCAACAUGAAGGGUGCCGUCAUUGGCCUGAGCAGCGACAAGACGACAGACAACCUCGCGCUAUGGUACUACGCGACGAUGGAGUUCAUUGCCAUGCAGACGCGCCAGAUCGUCGAGUCGAUGAACAACGCCGGUCACGUCCUCAACACCAUCUUCAUGUCCGGCAGCCAGUGCCAAAACCCGCUGCUCAUGGACCUGAUGGCCACCAUCUGCGACAUGCCCGUCCUGGUGCCCCGCUACGUCAACGCUGCCGUCGUCCACGGCGCCGCCAUGCUGGGUGCCAAGGCGGCCACCGCGUCCGAGGACGGCACCACGGAGAACCUGUGGUCCAUUAUGGAUCGCAUGAGCAAGCCUGGCAAGCUUGUCAAGCCCGGCACUCUGAAGGGCGAGAAGUUCCUCUUUGACGCCAAGUACAAGGUCUUCCUCGAGCAGUGCAAGACGCAGCAAGAGUACCGCAAGCAUGUUGAUGUCGCCGUUGACCAGUGGCUGCAGAACUAG